AAAAGUAUAUAUAAGUAAAAGUAUAAGUAAAAGUAUGCAUAUAAUACUAUAAUGAAGAGAACAAUAGGACAGGAACGGUAGGCACUUUUGUGCUCUUAUGCACGCCCCUUAUAGUCCUCUUAGGAAUGGGGUGAGGUCAAUAGUAGACAGUUUUUGGUUGAAGAUUUUGGGGUUUUGAGUAGAGACCAUAGAGUCAGGUAGUGAGUUCCAAGCAUUAACAACUCUGUUAACAAUUCUGUUAACAAUUCUGAUAGCAAUAAUACCAUUUUGACUUAUAUACCACUUCAUAGUAUUUCACAGCCCUUUCUAUGUGGUUUACAGAGUCAGCAUAUUACCCACAACAAUCUGGGUCCUCAUUUUACUGACCUUGGAAGAAUGGAAGGCUGCAUGAAUUUUGAGCUGGUCAGGAUUGAACUGCAAUUGGCUACAACUGCUUCAGGACUUCCAGCACUGGAUCCAAGAGACACCAGCAUUUAUGCAAAGAUUAAGCACCUGAAUUCUUCAGCAGAGAGCCUAAAAUUUAGUACUCAAAAUGACCCAUGCACAUCACAGUUCAAUUCUAUAACUGCAGUAACAUUCUGGACAUAAUUUAGCAUUGGUGUAAUGCAUUAAACACAAUACUGGAUAGAUGCACCAAUGCCUAAAUCAGACUUUCUCAAUUUAAAGUCUUUGAUAUGCUGCAUGCUAAAUCCCCCAUUGUUCUCCCAUCAAUGGUGGUUGCUGUAAUCCAAAACCAUCCAAACCAGUGGUGGGAUUCAGCCAGUUCGCACCACUUCGGGAGAACCGGUUGUUAACUUUCUGAGCAGUUUGGUGAACUGUUUGUUGGAAGAAAUCAUUAGGGCAGAGAACCGAUUGUUAAAUCAUUUGAAUCCCACCUCUGAUCCAAACGGCUCCAGAUUGGAGAAACCUGAUCUCAACUUUCACCCUGGGAAAAUACAGGUAAUCCUCAUUUUACAACCACAAUUGAGCCCAGAAUUUAUGUUGCUAAGUGAGCAAUUGGUUAAGUGAGUUUUGCCCCAUUUCACGGCUUUUCUUGCCACCUGUGUGAAUCACUGCAGUUGUCAAAUUAGUUAGCAUGGUUGUUAAGUGACCCUGGCUUUCCCAUUGACUUGGCUUGUCAGAAGGUCGCCAGAGGGGAUCCACGUGACCCCAGGACACGACAGUCGUCCUAAAUAUAAAGCAUCCAAAUAUAAAUCACGUGACCAUGGAAAAAUGCUGCAACGGUCGCAAGUGUGAAAAAUUGUCAUUGUCACUUUUUUCAGUGCUGCUGUAUCUUCGAACGGUCACCAGAUGAACCGUGGCAUGGGUACAGAUUUAGUUCAGCCCCAGGAGUUGCCUCGGCGCCCACGCCGGUCUCACUCGAGCUACGACCGCCCGGGACAUCUGGAACGCCGCUCCCCUCUCCCGGCAGCUCAGGCUACCCAAAAUGCAACGCGCCGGAGUCGAGCGUUGUAUUUUGGGCAAUCAAAGAUGGCGGGCGGCACAGGCUGAGCGGAGCCGGGCGUCGGCUCGGCUUGAAUUUGGAAGCACCGCAGCCUUCUCUCCCUCCUGGGAAAGUUGUCGAACCAUGGUGCUAUGGAAAGGAAUUUAUUUUGUACUUGUACUAUUUUUGGGAAGUUUUUUUGGAAGCAUCUUCAUGCUUGGUCCCCUACUGCCACUGAUGUCUAUUUCCCCAGCUUGGUAUCGCUGGCUUACUGAUCGUGUUGUGGCCACUUGGUUUACGCUUCCAGUGGCCCUGCUGGAGAUAGUGUUUGGGUCAAAAGUAGUCAUAACAGGUGAUGGAUUCAUCCCUGGAGAAAGAAGUGUCAUAAUCAUGAAUCAUCGAACACGAAUGGAUUGGAUGUUUUUAUGGAGUUGCUUGCUGAGAUAUAGCUACCUCCGACUUGAAAAAAUCUGCCUCAAAUCUAGUCUCAAAGUCAUUCCGGGAUUUGGUUGGGCCAUGCAGGUUGCUGCCUUCAUUUUCAUUCAGAGGAAAUGGGAAGAAGACAAACAUCAUUUUGGAAAUAUGCUGGAUUAUUUUUGUGAUAUCCAUGAACCACUACAGCUUCUCAUCUUUCCUGAAGGAACUGAUCUCACAGAUGAAACUAAAGCCCGCAGUGAUACAUUUGCUGAAAAAAAUGGACUUCAGAAGUAUGAAUAUGUCUUGCACCCAAGAACUACAGGCUUCACUUUUAUAGUGGAUCGUUUAAGAGAUGGUAAUAACCUUGAUGCUGUUCAUGACAUAACAGUGGCAUAUCCUCAAAACAUUCCACAAACUGAGAAACAUCUUCUAUGUGGAAAUUUUCCCAAGGAAAUUCAUUUUCACGUCUGCAGAUACUCUGUAGAAUCCUUGCCAACCUCUCGGGAAGACUUGCAACUCUGGUGUCAGAAGCGCUGGGAAGAAAAAGAAGAACGGCUGCGCCAGUUCUAUGAAGGCAAAAAAUACUUUGAUGUGUCAGGGAGAAGCAAAAUCCCACCCUGUAAAUCUGAGCUCAGGGUCUUGGUUGUUAAGUGUGUUUCCCUCUUGUACUGGACAUUUUUCACACUCUCUGCGAUUGCACUGUUAUACAUGUACAACUUUGUACGAUGGUAUUUUGUGAUUGUAGUUGUCAUUUUCUCUGUGCAAGAAAAGUUGUUUGGUGGACUUGAAUUGAUAGAACUUGCAUGUCAUCAAUUUUUUAAUAGACGCAGGUUAUCCAACGUAAACAGAUGUUAAAUUUAACUGGCGUGUGUACUGUUUGGAUGGGUGAUGUUUGUGAGCACUUUUCAGAUGUGCCAUAAACUUUUCAUAGUGGAAGGAGAUUUUGCAUGGGAAUUAAUUUUUCUUAAUGCUGUUGUGGUUAAUGCACUGUAUUCUUCUUGUAAAGAACAAAAGUUCAUAUUGAAUUUUUAAUUUUUGAAUGUAUCAAUGUUCCUCUUGCAGCUAGCCUCUGCAGCAUCGCUGGAAAAGCAUUUGCUGACCAAUCAAAGUUUCUAUCCAUUGAAUUGUUUAAAUACGUAGCUCUAAAUUGCUGGGCAAAUUAGGGAGCUAAAAGUCAUGGACUGUGAUUCUUACAGUGCCUUGCUCUAAAUAAUGUGUGAGAUUUGAAAGUCCCAAUUCAUUACACACUUAAUAGUUGACUAUCUUCAUUUCUCUACCUUUAUACCUUACGGAGAGUUAAAUGGCUGAUGCAAUUAUUGUCAUCAAAAUCAGCAAAUGUUUUCAGCUACUGAAAGAGAAAACAAAACCCAGGACCUAAAGCUGGAUGAAUGAAGAUAGUCUGUUUUGAACUAUUAAAAUUUAUUACAUUUUGGGGGGGGGGGGGCGGAAUCUAAAAUUCAAUAAGGCUUACCUCUAAGUAAAGGUGCUAGCAAAGGUAACUGAGCUGGAUCCCACUGUCAUUUUGCAAGUCCUAAAUCAUCUUCAGGAUUCCAUUCCUGUGAAUUGUUUGUCAUAUGGUGAAAUCACAGUCCAUCUCCACUUCAGGUUUAAGCUGCCCUGCAAACCUAACUGCUAAAUGCUCAGGCAAAACAAUGUAAAACUGGGGGAAGUAUUGAAAUUAAUUUUCCCAUGAUAUGAAAAUAGAAAUAAUGUUAAAAAUUGCCCCAUUGGAUUAUUACUAUAAGAAACAUUAAGGUUUUUCUAUUAACGUUUGUCUCCUUUCCCAAAUCUGAAUUAAGAAACUACUUUUAGCAUGGAAACUGAAAGACACUUGUGAAAUCAGUCCAUGCUUGACCAUAAGCAACCCUUCCCCUCCCCCUCCCCCAAAGCUUCUACUCCAUGUAAUGAAUUAUAUAUAUAUAUAUUCAAAUUUCCUAAUUGGACCCUUUUUUCUUUUUAUGGCUGAACAUCUUUCCUCCUGCUAUUUUUUAAUGGAAUUAGGGUAAAAAAAAGAUGGCUGCAGUUCACCCUUUUUUUACACUUAACACAACAGGCCAAGACAUUUCUCUGAAUGUUAUUAAUACCACAGCUAUAAGCUAUAUGUUCACCAUGUUAAAUGUCAUGGCUACUUCCACAUCUUUUUCAAACCCUGUCGCCCCUAUAGUAAGUUUUCACACAACCAUUUUAUAAAUAAAUUGUAUUAAGAGCUGCUGGCAUAUGAAAGGUCUGUAAACUGGUCUUAGAUUACCAAUGUUAUUGAAAUGUCAAUGUUUUAGCCAUAAAAAAUAUUUACUCUAGAGCAACAAAUAAAGAAUUUAAAAUGCAAA